AUGAAUGUAGUGAUCAUGUCAUCAACCAAUCUUUCAUCUUCAAGACCUAUGCCAUGCAUUUCAGAAAUAAAACAUAAAGUGAAGCAUUCUUGUGAAAUCACGUCUCUUGUAACAAAAGAAAUGCCUCAGAGUCUCUGCAGUUUCCCCACUGGAACAAACACACAGACAAGCCUUCUUAAAGCAAAAGAUUAUGCUUUCUCCCCAACACCAACCAAACAAAGCAUGCAUAAAUCCACCACCCUUGGCUCAAAAAAUAUGGCUGAAUUUCCUCCAGUAGAAAUAGGAACCCGAGGCACAGUUGCAUCGCUUAUAAUGCAAGAAAUCGAGUACUUCAGCAGGGUUGAUUCAAAUUCACAAAGGAAUAAGUUUCAAAUCACAGAGGUGGGUUCCUCCAUUAGUAGUACAAGUUCUAGAACCACAAUUGUAACUACAGUAGAAAGUACAAAGAAAAAGCGAUUACAGGAACCUGAAGUCUGA